UACAUAUUUUUCGACCACACAUUUGUUACAUGAACUUAGUACAUGUCAGAAAAUUUAUCCAAUUGUUUGUCCACAUUUCUCUUGUCCAUAAAUUUAUUUCUUACUUUUUCUUUCAAAUUCACAACCAAAACACACCGAUUAAUUAACUAGUAACAAGAAAAAUGGAAGAAACAAAGUUGAGCAGCUUCAAAGACAAAAGAUGGUCACUCCAAGGAAUGACAGUUCUGGUGACUGGUGGAACCCGAGGCAUAGGAUACGCAAUUGUUGAAGAGUUAGCGGAGUUUGGAGCAGCUGUACAUAUAUGUUCAAGAAAUGAAGAAGAUAUUAACAAAUGUUUGGAAGAGUGGAAAAGCAAAGGGUUUCACGUGACAGGAUCAGUAUGUGAUUUACUAUUCCGUGACCAACGUGAAAAAUUAAUGGAAACUGUUACUUCGGUGUUUAAUGGAAAACUCAAUAUUCUAGUAAACAAUGCUGGGACAGUUACUCCUAAACCUAUCCUGGAUCAUACCGACGAAGAUGUAGCAACUAUAAUGAGUACCAAUUUUGUGUCUGGUUAUCAUCUGUGCCAACUUGCACAUCCACUCCUAAAAGAAUCUGGAUAUGCAAGCAUAGUUUUCAUAUCCUCAAUUGCAGGUCUGAAAGCCUUUGAAUUUAGUUCUGCCUAUGCAGCUUCUAAAGGAGCUAUGAAUCAGUUUACUAAAAACGUAGCAUUGGAAUGGGCAAAGGAUAAUAUUCGUGCUAAUGUUGUGGCACCUGGACCUGUCAAGACCUUACUCUUAGAGAACGCAAUGAAGUUAUCUACCGAAGUGGAUAAUACCGUUAAACAUAUAGUGUCUCGAACGCCGGUUGGUCGGAUGGGAGAAUCUGAGGACAUAUCAGGAUUGGUUGCGUUUCUCUGUCUUCCAGCUUCUUCACACAUAACCGGACAAAUUAUAGCUGUAGAUGGAGGUUUCACUAUGUAAACUUUAAAAAAUUAUUAGUAAUUGUAUCAUUUGAACUAAACUUCACGGGGUUAUUAUCUUUGUUGCAAUAACCUUUUUUUUCUGAAAGAGUUUAGAGUUUUACUAAUGCUUUUAUUUAUGUUUUUUCUUAUUUGUUGCACUGGAUUGAUGUAUGGAUGGCUAAAUGAUAAGAGGUUUGAUUCUUCUUUAAA